GAUGGCGCCAAUCGCAUUUCGACUGGACUCUUGCGAAAUUGCGUUUUUUGGUAUUUUUGUCGGCCACCAAGGAAGGAUAGAUAGCUGAAGAUGACAACAGCAGCACGACCAACGUUCAACCCAGCAAAGGGAGGCAGUGGGAAAGGAGAAGGGGAUUUGAGUGCUCUAUCCAAGCAGUAUUCCAGUCGUGAUCUGCCAGCGCAUACAAAGUUGAAAUACAGACAGCCUGGUCAGGACACCAGCGAUGAGCUCCGCAGCCGUGACUUCCGCAAAGAUCUGGAGGAUAGAGAGCGUGCAGCCCGGGAGAAGAGGAGCGACAGGGGAAGGGAGUCGUCUAGUAGCAGUAGCACCAAGAGACCAAGGUUAGAACAGAUACCAGCCGCUAAUCUGGAUGCAGAUGAUCCCCUUGAUAAUGAUGAUGAUGAUGCAUCUGACGACAGUGAUGACGAGACAGCCGAGCUUCUUGCUGAACUCAACAAAAUCAAGAAAGAAAGAGCUCAGGAAAAUUCAAGAAAGGAGCAAGAAAAGAAAGUCGAAGAGGAGAGGAUACGAACAGAAAACAUUCUGAGCGGCAAUCCUCUAAUGUCGUCACAGAAAUCAGACUUCAAGGUCAAGAGAAGGUGGGAUGAUGAUGUGGUCUUCAAGAACUGUGCCAGGGGGGAGGACGACAAGAAGGAGAAGAAGUUCAUCAACGAUACCCUCCGGUCGGAAUUCCACAAGAGAUUCUUGGAGAAAUACAUACACUAACCAAGGCACACGAGUGUGAGAACUUAAUUGGACGGUGGCAUUAAUGCUUUGGUUUUUGAUCAUGAAACAUCUUUUGAUGGUGCCCAACAAUGGUGUGCAAAGGAGGGAACAACACCAGACAUUGCACACCUUUUUCUAAUAGCUGGUGUCAUGUGUUUAUACAGAAAUUUUUUACCAGACCUUGACAAUGAGAGACCAGUUGCUUGGUGCCCAACCCCUGGACAUGAUGAUAGAACUGUCUUUUGGAGGAGAAAGGUCUACCAUCUGAGCUUUGUUCACCAUUUUCCACAGAGUUAACACUGUGAGUUUAAAGUGCAAAUAUUACAUUUUGCUUCGGAUCUUUACCAUGAGAGAGCCGUUGCAUGGUGCCCAACCCCUGGACAACUUAAAGAUAGAAAUGUCAUUGCAGGAAGAGAAUCAAGGGUUACCAUCUGAGAUUGCCAAGGUUAUAUAGCGUAAACAUUGCUGUGACACUCAACAGUCAACAGAGACACACAUGUCCACUACAUGGUCACCUGGCCACAUACAUGUAGGCCUGCGAUUGUUGACCGCUAGUUUUGACAUUUUCUCAACUAUUACAAACAAGCAGAAGGUAAAUCUGGCCAAGCUUAUGUACAAAUUGUAUAGUCUUUUCUUUAUUUAGUGCAUUAUAUAUAUUUUUCAUCGUGAACUUGUGUUUCAAUUCAUUGCAAGUACAGCUAACUCUGCCUAAGUUAAAUCUUUUGUGCCCAUAGAAAUCUGUUUGACUUCGGAGACAUUUGACUUAGAAAAGGCAACACAAUUUCAAUAAUCUUGUCUCAAGAAUUUUUCGGAUUUGGCAAAUAUUUGACUAAUGGAAAUCGAUUUUGGCAGAGUUUCCUGUAAUUUAUCUAAUUCUAUGUUAUCACUAUUAGUCUAUUAAUGAAUGAUAAUUUAUCAACCCAUUAACUACUGGAUGAUUUAAAAAGCCAGUUUGUAGUUCCUUUCUGUGCAUGAUCAAGAGAUUCUAUGCAUGAUUAGAGGAAGGUCAUUUGAUCUAAAGUGACAUGGUUGUUUAAAAACUAAUGAGAUAAGCACCAACUUUGAUGUCUU